ACUAGUGUGUGUGAAGAUGAAAGGACUCAUCUUGCUUCUCUGUUCGUAUGUCGCGGUGGACGCCAGUCUGGCGCCCUUCAUAACCCCAUGCGGGCCAUCAGACUCCUCCUGCAUGAAGUCAUCGGCGCAGAAGGCGGUCCCGAUCAUGGCUGCUGGUCUACCGGAGCUGGGUGUGAAGCCGCUAGACCCGGCGGUCAUUGACCUCGUCAAGGCCGACCAGGCGGGGCUCAAGCUGGAGUUCAGGAAGACAACAGUCAAGGGAUUGAGGAACUGUAAUGUCUUGAAUGUCAAGCGGCAGGGCCUGAAGCAGUCUAUCGAGCUGAAGUGCUCGGCGACGCUGGUGGGCGAGUACACCAUCGGGGGUAAACUGCUCAUCCUGCCCGUCGAGGGGGACGGCAAAUACAAGAUCAAGAUCCGUGACAUAAUAGUGAAGGUGCAGUACGAGCUGAAGGAAAAGACAGCGAAGGGUGACAAGUACUGGUCGCUGUCGACCUGGAAGUACACCUCCGACCUGCAGGGCGGCGCAGAGUUCCAGUUCCAGAACCUCUUCAACGGGAACAAGCAGCUCUCGGACACAGUGCACCAGUUCGCCAAUACGAGCUGGAAGGAGAUAUUCGAGGAGGUGGCGCCGCCCAUCGUGAAGGCCAUCGUCGCAAAGAUCAUCGAGGAGGUCGCUAAGUUCUUUGACAAGGUGCCCAUCAAAGACCUCGCCUUGGAGUAGUUCCUUUCCUUGCAGGAGCGUUAGGUAUAGUGUUGAUCCUCGGUAGACCAGGGGUUAAAAAGGCCACAUAGAAGAAAUUCAUCUAAAGCAAUUUGAUAUUUUUUCUUCUUCUAUUCCUUUUACCCCUGGGGUGUACGGCUCGAAUAACAGAUUUCCACUCCUCGCGAUCUUUUGCAGCCGCAGUCUCUCCAAUAAAUAAAAAAGAAAUAAGUGCGCAAUGCCAAGAAACGACAAAUAGCAAAAUUGCUUUUUUAGGUGAAUUGCUUUGGUGUGGUCUUUCUAACCCCUAGUAUCGCAGUAUAGCAAGCGAUAGACUAUAGAUAACAUGCAAUUGGGUAGUUUCCUAGGUCAAAGAUAAAUUAUGAAAUUCUAAUUACUAAGACAGAUCACAAAGUGACAAAAAACGUUUCUUUUUUCUAUUUAACUUACUUUUAUGAAUUUUAAUAAUGAAAAAUGAAAUAAUAAGGCGACACUUUAUCACUUUUUUCUAUGACGUCACAAUGUGCUUUUUCAUACAAAUUCCAUAGUAAUUUCGUGUUUUGACGUUUAGUAAAAAGUAACUUAUUUGACAAACUACCCUAUUGCGCAGAAUUGAUAAUAUUUGAUAAUACACACACACACGUACGGUCAUGAGUACUAAUAUGUACACUUUGAAACCAUGUCUUAUUAACUUUUUUGACAAAUUUAAUCGCAAGUCUCAUUAAAUGUCAAAUAUGAUAGUGCGACAGAGUUCUAAAGUGGGUACACGAUAUUGCUCAUGACUGUUCGUCGGUUCGUACACUAUCGAUAGUUCAAAACUAGGCUGUUUUAGAUUAAUACAUGCAUAGUACAACUGCAUGGAUUGUUCUCCCCUAGCAGUUACGUCUACUCAUUCGUCGCCUUAUGCAAAACCACGUAGGCGCCUUUUUGAAAAUCACAUUCGGAUGUGAUUUUUGUCAACAAAGCCUCGCAAAUAGACAAACUAGUUUCAAUCAGGUCAAAAAUUGCAGUGUCAAUACUUUUUUUUUAAACUUUGAUGAGUUUGCUCUUGACCCCAGAAUUUUUACUCACAAUGAAAGAAAUCUAGGUUUUGUUGCAGAAAAUUAAACUACUUAAAUGUGAUUUUUCAAAAAGGCGCUUAUGUAGUUUUCACUACAAGCAUAGAAUAAGGAACAAUACUACGUAUAGAACGGCAACUCUCCGCUCCCCACCAGCGGCUAGGUUUACCUCACCCCCGUCAGUCUUACUUUAGUCUUCAAUCGUAUGCAUCAGACGUCACACACACAGAUGCGGGUGUACGAUAACGUUAAUGUGUAGUGUCUGUGUAUAACGAGGUGUUUUGUAUGAACUGUCCGGGGUGUGCGACAAGGCAACGAUGUUCAUGUGAAUAGUGAUAAUUUUUUCUUCGUGCGAUUUUGAACGCCUCCAACAGUUUAUAUUUAAGUACACGCCAUAAAUAAAUAAUAUGAUCGAAAUCGCACGAAGGACCAUAUCAUACAUAUUUUAUAAUUAUCAAUAAGUAUUUUAAUAUCAUAGGAUUUGUGCCUGGUUAAUGGCAAUCAAAGGCACGUGUUGCUUUGUGAUGUCAAUAGGUUCGCCCCCUAUUUCAUGGAACUUAACAUAGCCGGCGAGAAGUGGGUGAACUAGACACUUCCGCCUACCCCUUCGAGGAUACAGGCGUGUUGCUAUGUUUAAAACACCGGACCUGUCAAAUCUGCAGGUCAGGUAACCGGACUCUGUGAAAACGGGAUAACCACAGAUAUUAAAAAGGGAUAACACUAGGGAGAUGUAAAAAUGAAUAAACUUAUUAAGUAUUUUUUUUCCCGACGGUUUUGUAAAGUGAUUAUUUUUUACCCUAUUUAAUAUUUAUUCACGAAUCAAUUUAAGAGCCACGCUCUUGUCGGUGUAGCAUUUUCCAUGUUACUUUUUUAGGGUAAAAUAGGGCAGUGGUUUCCCUCUUGCCUUCCGCCCCGCAGUACUCUGUCUGACGCAAGUGGAAUGGCGCCCAGAGUAGUCUAAUACAAAGCCAUACUAGGACUCCUGUCCUCCGCCUCUGAAUAGUACUGACAGUUCACGUAUCGAAAUAGUUUACUGUGUAUAAAGUGCGCGUGAAUCUUUAAAAGCGACUAGGGAGAUGAUUUUAAUAUAAUUUGAGAUUCUUGAAGUAAGUAGGUAACAAAUAUUGCCAUAAAUAUUAUAUUGUUUAUAUAUUUACCUAUAAAUAAUACUUUGUAUUAGCAUAAAUUAAUCUACAGAUUUCCAUAGUUCGAAAUUAAUGACAGGUUUCUAAAUAUCGACCAAAAAUAGAUCGUUCGACGCCGAUCGAUCGCAAUUUGAAUUUCAAUCAUUUCUACUCGUAGUUAUAAUUUAUUUUUCAAAUCUUAAUACUAAUCAGUAUACAAUUUACCAAUCCUAAUUGCCAUUGUUCAUGUUAUACCUAAUAAUUACUAAGAUUAAGAAUGCACUCAUAUAGACAUACAAAUUGUGAUAUCACUUACAAGAAGUUAUCGUUAAAUAUACCCCUGGUAAACUGGUUAUUAUUAUAGCAAAACGUGAUAAAUACUUUAAAUGUGGUGUGUUAGUGGCGGCGUUAGGUUACCAAAGACAUCGUUUUAUGUAUUUUGUUAAUAAUAAUGUAUUUGUUUAUAUAUUAAUAAUAAACUAAAAGAAAUACAA